UCGCUUUCAAUAACAAAAAGGAGGGUCUUCGUCCUCUGGAUCACUGUGAGGUUUCCUAUAAAUGAGUCCUGGGCGCACUAAGGUGCCAGGGAGAAGCCAGAGAGGCAGGUGAACCCGCGCCGAGGAGUUCGGAUCUCAAGACUUGUCAUCACACCGCCCAUGAGAAUGGAGAGCGUAAAAGCCAUCCUUCUGCUGAUUGCAGUGAUCGCACACGCUUACUGCGACGAGGAGCCGUCGCCAGCUGCCGAGAAGGAUUCGUGGAGUCUGGACAGCGAGAAGUGGCAGGAAAACCUACCAGAAGACACCAAUCUUAUCCAGCAGUUUGCGCGCCUGGUAAAAAGAGCAAAAAUUGAUAAAUUCUACGGUUUGAUGGGGAAACGCUCUUCUGGCCCAACACAAGCUGGAAUUGUUGGCCGUAAAAGACAAAAGGGAGAGAUGUUUGUUGGACUCAUGGGACGUCGGUCUUCAAGUGCUGAGGCACCACCUGAAUGGGAAAGAAUUCAGUACUAUGGAAGGAGGCGCAAAUAAUGUAGUGCAAAUGUAACACCACACAAAUGCCCUCGACACCAUACCAUCAUGAAGGGCAUUUUGGCUACGUGACCACGAAUCCGAAGGUUGUGCUCAAGUUCCUCAGAAUUUAGCGACCAUCAAGACUGAUGUGAAGCCUCUCCUUACACCAGUCUAGCAUAAUUUGUCAAAGUUGUUAGAUAUUUUAAUCUCUUUAUGUAAAUCCUCUCAGUUAAAGGUCACAAUGACACAGGAAUCCGAAUCAAACAAUGGUAAUAACCACCAAUAGAAAUGGAUGACGAAUGUUCGUAUUUUUGAAACUUGCAUUAAAAAAAAAAAAUAAUUAAAGAAUUGAAGUCACAAUUGUGUGCUGGAAAUGGAUCAGGGCUCUGUGGUAUCAAUGCACUGUUAAUUUCAUGGUUUUAACUCAGUUAGAUUUGUUUAAAAUUCUUAACAAUAUGCACUCCUAAUUAAAUGCCAUUUGUUUAAAACAGAGCUUUGACAACUCCUAUACAUUUAUUAAUAGCCACCUGUGGAGAGAAAGAAUGAAAUCUCGAGUAACCUAAAUGUAAAAUAUUUUUUUAACAAUGACUUUUGAAAACCCAGAGUCCAAAUAGAUGCAUGUUAUGUGCUUAUCAAGAUUCGGACAGGUGAGGUUUCAUAUUCUUUCAAUUGGCUAUUAUUAAAUUAAUCAACAUAAAGUAAUAUAUUGAGUUCACAGUUUUACGACUUGUGGUCUACCAACUAGGAAGCAGGAGCAGCUAUCCACUUUACCAACAAAAAUGUUAAUUUUUCGUGUCUCAUUGAAACUGAUGGUUCUUUUUGUGUCUGUUCUAUUGGAUCAAUAAAAUAUGCAUCUUGUAAAGUGUAAAAA